UGUUUUGUUUUGGUCAUAUCACAUGAAUGAUUUUGAGCAACGUCAUCCAGGAACACAAUUCUGCUUUUCGCAAAAAUUGAGUGACCAGGAACAAAGUCCAUCUUUGAAGAAUUUUUUUUUUUUUCACUUUUCACCUGCCAUCUGAUAACAAGACGGACGGAUUCUUCCCAAAAUGCGAGCCGUCCGUUAAAGCCCACGUCAGCCAUAUGCCAUCCAUCAUCCGAGUGACAGUGAAGGCAAAAAGUGUCAAAUGACACCGAAGACGCUCCCCACAGCUGCCGUGUCUUCAUCAGCCGCCUUCGCUCUUCACACGCACCUGAAAGUUUUGGGUUUCACGCAUCACUCAUGCUGAGUGCUCCACCUGUGCACACUCAAAAUUUGAUCUGAAACUUUAUCUGUGACGAGAAAUUGUUUUGGUUCCAGUUUAAUAGGAAUAGAUCCAAAUUCGUGGGUCUGGUUGAGGGGGGAGGCAGCCCGAAGCGUGAAGGCUCCCCCACCUUGAUUGGGACGGACUUGGAACGAUCAGCACGUGACCUUGUGAUGCUAGAGGAGUCAUAAAAGACGACUGAGGAUGAGUCGCACUCACACGAAACAAGAAGAGCUCGUGCACUCACGCCCCUCCCAACAAGAUAAGAUGGCAGAUUUCGUCCCUUCGCCGUAUAUGACAACACCAACUGAUGACUUUGUCACGGAGUCUUUGGAUUACUCGGGCGACUACGACACGGGCCCCACCGAGAUGAGCGGCAUGUGCGACAGGAGUUGGGUCAGGCAGUUCCGAGGCCGGUAUGAGCCGCCCCUCUUCUGGACCAUCUUUGCGCUGGGUGCCGUGGGCAACCUGAUGGUGGUGUGGAUCUACAGCACCGCACGCAAGCGCUUGAAGACCAUGACGGACGUGUACUUGCUCAACCUGGCCGUGGCCGACCUCCUCUUCCUGUGCACGCUGCCCUUCUGGGCGGCCGAGGCCGUCAAAGGCUGGCAUGUGGGCGGGGUUCUCUGCAAGACGGUGUCGGCCGUCUACAAGAUCAACUUCUUCAGCGGCACCUUCCUGCUGACCUGCAUCAGCGUGGACCGCUACAUCGCCAUCGUGCAGGUUACCAAGGCUCAGAACUGGAAGGAGAAGCGGCUCCUGUACAGCAAAGUGGCCUGCGUGGCCGUGUGGCUCGUCUCGGCUCUCUUCGCCUUGCCCGAGUUCCUUUUCGCCCGCGUGAAGACGGAUGCGAGCGGCUCGUCCUUCUGCGUGCUGCUCUACUGGAACAACGCUUACAACCGCACCAAGAUCCUGGUGCUGGCCCUGCAGAUCUGCAUGGGCUUUGUCCUGCCGCUCCUGGUCAUGGUCUUCUGCUACUCGGUCAUCAUCCGCACGCUUCUGCGGGCCAGGAACUUCGAGAAGCACAAGGCCCUGCGUGUGGUCUUGGCGGUAGUCUUUGCCUUCCUGGCCUCACAGCUGCCGUACAACGGGCUCCUGAUGGUGGAGGCCUCGCAGGCUGCCAACGCCACCAUCACCGACUGUGCCGUGGUCAAGCGCUUCGACGUGGCUGGCCAGGUGGCCAAGAGCCUGGCCUUCACGCACGCCUGCCUCAACCCCUUCUUGUACGUUUUUGUCGGCGUGCGCUUCAGGCAAGACCUGCUGAAGCUGCUGCGCUCGUGCAUUCCAGGAGCGGCCGGAAACGGGGUCGUCAAAUUCCAGGCGGCCCCUAAGCGCCCGUCGCUCGGCACCGACACUGAAACCACGCCGGCGCUCUCCCUAUGAACGCCAGGUCUUUGACCUUCUUGUACAAAUGUAAAUACUGUUCCGUAAAUUUGAAUUGUCACUUUUUUUCUAAUGUAUCCAUUAAAAUAUACUCUUUAUUUUCUGAUACAAAUAUUAAAAAGCCUGAUUGAGUA